AGUAAGACAUUAGAGACAGUAUUGAUACUAGAGAUACAGUAAGACAUUAGAUACAGUAGUAGUACUAUAGAUAGAGUAAAACAUUAGAGACAGUAAGACAUUAGAGACAGUAGUGAUACUAUAGAUACAGUAAGACAUUAGAGACAGUAGUGAAACUAUAUAUACAGUAAGACUUUAGAGACAGUAGUGAUACUAUAUUGUUGCGUCAAAACAGAACACUCAAAACAUGAGCACAAUGGCAGCUCUUCCUUUAAAGACCUCCAGGCCUCAAGAGGGCAGAUAACCCAAAAAACACGGGUGGAACUAAAAAAUUGAGCCAGGAUUUCUGGAGGGACUACUUUUACAUGCGCACCUGUCAGAUAAGCAUGGGUAUAAAAUGUUUGGUCCUCAACACAUACACAGCUCAUUGUUCAACCCUAAAGACGCAACUGGUAUGUAAUGUUUGGAAUUAUUUAUUAUGUUGCAUCCAGUGCUUAGCAAUUUACAUGUUUAACUCUGGUAGGAAUUUUGACUUUUGUUGUGGAUAUUUUCUGACUGCAGAAGUAAUUGCUAGGGUGCUAGAUUAAAUUGUUUAAACGUUUACUUUAUUCAAAGCCAUGCUUUGUUGCUGUGUCAUGCAUUGUUUAGUGUAAAAUAAUGCAUGUUUAUUCUCUGUUUGUUUAAGGUUAUCAACCUAUUCCUAGUGCUAGUGCUAUUCCUAGUGCUAGUGCUAUUCCUAUUGCUAUUGCUAUUCCUAUUCCCUAUUCCUCUGUGAUUCAACUACUCUAUUCAACAAAUCAACUAUUUCAACAUAUUCAACAAAUGGCAUCAAAACCAUAAUAAAACACUGGAAAGGAAUUGAGUUGUCCCUUUGCAUCCUUCACGGGUUGAGCAAGCCGUUUUCAAGUUUGGGCAGAGCUGAAAAUAAUUAUAACACCUAGACAACUUGACAGUUGAUAACCACCGUGGCAGUGAAGACAAAAGGAUUAACGGCCUGAAGUCAGGAAAGCUGUCGUCGCAGAGAGGAGUAUUGGCUUACAUCUCAAAAUGGCGGAGGAAACUCUUGGGAAAACCGUGAAGGAGCUGAAGCAAGAAAGAACUUUGGCUAAGAGUGCUUUUACCAAGCAAGCAAACUUCCUUAGCAGAGGUGCAAAACACAUGACUAAGAGCGAACUGCGAGAGGAGUUCAAGAAGCUCAUGUCGGAGGCAAGGAAGGUCAGUGAGACAAAUGAUGAAUACAGGGCUGGACUUCUGGCAGACAUUGAAGCUGAAACCGAUGAGGGUGAAGAAGCUGACCUGAGCAAGCAGCAGCAGACUGAACUUGAGAAGACAUUCCAAGAAUGCGAAGUACGAUUGGAUGAGGUCAGGGGGAUGAUCCAGUCCAACCUAUGGCCUAGAUACGGGGAGGACGAGGUGAAGUCUGCAAUCAAAGAAGCUGAGACCGCCUGUGAUGGAGUUGCUCAAAUACCUGUUAUGGCUGUAAAUAGAGAUGGCUUCGAGCUACGGUGGGAUGGUGCGAAGGCACAAGUCCAAGAUGCAAUCACAAGCCUAGCAGAGUGGGAGAUGUGGAUUCCAGUAGCAGAAAAAGAAUGGCUGGAAGCCAGAGUAAAGGAUCUGAAAGCAUUCAGAAACAACCUUGAAGCAAGGAGGGCAGAAUUUCUCACAGCGCAAAGAAUUGCGGAUGAGGAUAAAGACAGAGGGAGAGUGCUGCAGAUGCCCAUGCCAGCUCCACAUCCGACACUGAGAAUAAAACCAACCUGUUUACCCAGGUUCAGUGGGUAUAAAAGGAAUUUCCAUCGAUGGAGGAGAGACUGGGAGAGUCUACAGAAGCAGGGGGAACCAACAGGCUCAGUCGAAGUAAAGAAGAUCCAACUCAUUGACAGUGUAGAUGAGAGAAUGUGCAGAGACCUCCGUUUGUCUACUUACAAUACUGCUGAGGACAUGUUCAGGGUGCUUGAGAACAGGUAUGGAAACAAGUCUACAAUUGCCUUGGAGAUAAUUGAGGAUCUGGAGAAAGUUCCUGCUUUAAGAGCAAAUCAGCCAAGGAAAGUUAUCGACAUGAUCCAAACUAUAGAGAAGGCACUGGAUGAUCUCACAGAGCUUGGAGGCACAGGGGCCAUCAACAACCCUCUAGUGAUCAGAUCCAUAGAAAGCAAGUUACCUGACAACAUCAAGCGGGAUUGGCUUGUCUUCAUGGUUAACCCGAGGAAUAAUGUCACGCCGGACAAUCACUUUGAAAACCUUCUUAAAUUCCUGAAAACACAGGAGGAAAUUCUUGAAAAAUUAGAGCAGCUGGGAGUGAGUGAAAAGCCAGAGAAGAAAUAUGCUUGUGUGGAGAGAAAAAAUGCGUCCACACGUUCCACAAGGAAAGGCGGCUGUGUUGUCUGUGGAGAUGAAAAGCAUAGAGAAAAGAUCUUCUUUUGCAAGCGUUUCAAAGAACUGAAGCCGGUGGAAAAGUUGGAUGCUGUAGAAAAGCUGGGGGCCUGCAAGAGGUGCUUGGUCUGUCAUGGAGAAGAUGAUGAAUGCAAAGACACUUACCUGUGCAGGAAAAGAGACUGUAAGAAAGACCAUCAUUUCUUUCUUUGUCUGAAGGGAGAUUUCAAGAGAAGUGACUCAGACAGAAGACAAUCCAAUGUGAGAAGGUAUACGCUUACAGAGGAGCAGGAGGAAUUGGUAUCUAAGCUCUCCCCAGAGAUGGCAGAGAAAUUCAAGAAAGCAUUCACCAACGCCACUGCGAAAACAAACUGUGUCGAAAAUAAUCAGCUGGGAGUGACUGAGUCAAGUGCAGUAGAAGAAUUGCCAGUUAUUCUAAUGCUGCUCAAGGUAACUGCCAAUGCAGGACAAAGAAUUGGAACCCUGAUCGACUUGGCAUCGGACACAAACUACAUCACUCACAGAGCUGCCAGAAGAUUAAAUCUUCGAAGUGAAAACAUCACUUUAGUCGUUCAUGGAGUCGGAGGAAUGGCCAUGAAGGUUAGAACCAGAAGAUAUCUCCUCAGAGUGAGGGUCAAAACGCCCAUAGGCACGGAAAGAGCUCAUGAGCUUAUCUGCUAUGGUUUGAAUGAAAUUGCCAAGGUCCACAGAGUCAUCAAACCUGAGCAACUCAAGAAGUUCUUCCCAGAAGUCAAUCUAGGAGAUCUGAGUAGACCGGAGAGUAUUGAGCUACUGAUAAGCCACCGCGAAGGAAGACUUGCUCCGCAAAGAGUGAAGGUGAUUGGAGACCUUGUCUUGUGGGAAGGCCCGCUAGGAAAGACUGUUGGUGGAGCACAUCCAGAUCUGUUUGAAGAAGUGGAUAUAGCCGCACACAGGUCUGAAACACACUUUGCUCGAUCCAUGAAAGCAACUGCUGUCAAAUAUCAAGAGAUAGCUAAGCUGUUCACAGCUGAAACCAAAGGAACAGUUGCUCACAGAGAGUUCUUGGAUUGGUGGAAGUGGGACAGCAUUGGAGCAGCUUGCGACCCAAAGUGUGGAGGAUGCCGGUGCGGCAACUGUCAACCAGGAGGCAAAGAAAUGACUCUGAGUGAGGAAAGAGAGCUGGAGAUCAUAAGGAAAGGCCUCACCUACAUCAAAGCAGAUGCUCACAGUGAUGAACUCCAUUGGGACACAAAAUACCCUUGGAUUCAAGAUCCAAGUUCCCUUCCUGACAACAGGAGUGGGGUGGAAGCCACCUUCUUGAGAACAGAAAAGCAACUCAAAAAAGAGCCAGAGUGGAGAAUAGCAUACACAGCUCAAGUCCAUGAAAUGGUCGAGAGAAGAGCAGCGAAGAAACUCACCAAAGAGCUCAUUGCCAGCUGGAAGGGGCCAGUAUGGUAUGUCAGCCACUUGGUGGCAGCAAACCUGCACUCUCUCACAACACCUGUGAGACUGGUAUGGAACAGCAGCCAGAAGUUUAGAGGGGUCAGCAUGAAUGACCUUCUGCUGAAAGGGCCUGAUGUCCUCAAUCCCAUCCGAGCAGUACUACUCAGGUUCAGGAGAGGCGUCAAUGCUGCCCUCGGCGACAUUAAGAAAAUGUACAAUUCUGUGUGGUUGGAAGACCUGGAGAUGCACCUCCACAGAUUUCUCUGGAGAGACACUGAGGAGGAAGAGAUUGAAGAGUAUGCGAUCACCAGAGUCAAUAUUGGCGAUCGACCAGCAGGGUGCAUUGCGCAAUUGGCUAUGAGAGAGACAAGCAAACUGCCCAUGUUUGCUCACCUGGAGGAGGAACGUAGGAUCCUUGAAGAGGAUACCUAUGUCGAUGACAUCCUGACUUCCCAUAAUGACUUGCAAAAGCUGGACCAGAACACCAAAAGUGUUGAAGAGAUCCUGAAGGCAGGCGGCUUCGUCCUCAAGCCCUGGGUCCGGUCAGAUCAAAGUGGGAGGCAGGAGAUCGUACCAGGAGAACAAGGAGCGCAGUCAAGCACAGCACUCAUUCUCCCAAACCAAAUGAGGGAAGGAUACAAUAAAGCCCUUGGAGUUGGAUACCUUGUUGAGGAGGAUAGACUGUACCUCAUGACUUCAAUCAAUUUCUCAAAGAGGAAAGGGAAAAUGAGAGUCGGCCAAAAUCUCCUUGAUGAAGAGGUGAGAGGGAAAACUCCAAACCCACUGACGAGAAGAGAACUGCUGAGCCAGGUAGCUAGCCUGUAUGACCCAAUAGGCCUCGUCACACCUGCCAAACAAAAGGGCGCCAUUCUUGUCAGAAAGGCGUUUCAGGAAGCUGGAGGCAAAACUCUGAACCGAGACACUUGGGAAAAACCUUUGUCUGAAAAUUUGAGGGAAGAAGCCAUCCAAUUCUUUGAGGAAUACACACGUCUUGGCCAAAUCACCUUUCACAGAAGCCUCACACCAGCCAACUGGAUUGGAAAACCAUGGGGAAUAACAUUCUCUGAUGGAAGUGACAAGAGCUAUGGAGCCGUAGUGUACUUAAGAUGGGAGACCCAGCAAGGCAUCAAAGUCAGACUGGUUGAAUCCAAAGCAAAGCUCACACCAUUGGACCAAAAGGGAGAACCAGUAAAAGCUGAAAUCUGCGGUGCUGUCUAUGCAGCACGACUUCGAAAAGUUGGAGAGAUCCAGAAAUCCACAUCCAUAGAAGACUGGUGGUGGAUCCCAGGAAGCCUGAACAGUGCUGACAUCAUAACAAGAGGGGCAGCCCCAGAAGACCUCCAGGAAGAUUCCAUGUGGCAGGAUGGACCAGCAUUCCUGAGGAAACCUGUGAAAGAGUGGCCACAUAAGUCAGCCAAAGAAAUCGCUGCGUAUGCCAAGGAAGGUAUAAACAAACUUCGAAGGAAAGCUUUCUCAGCAGCACUGACCAGAGCGCAGGUCAAGAGAAACCAGAGUGAUACACAGCAAAAUAAACCAGAUGAACCUAAGACUCGGAUCCGAAGAUCACCAGCCGGCUCUGCGGUAACAAAACUGAUUGACAUCAGGAAAUUCAGCAAUCUGACCAGGCUGAUCCGAGUCAUUGCCUGGGUUUGGAGAGCCGCAACGAGAUGGAAAGAAAUAUUGACCAAGAAUUCAGCCUCAGAUAAGCCAAAGUGGGAGGACGCUCUUACAACAAACUGGAGGUACAGAGCCAAACAAGCUGUACUCACUGUCGGGGAGUGUGAGGAUGCACUAAGAGACUUGUUCCUUGCAGCUCAAGAAGGUAUAACCUUUCAAGAUACCACUCUCAACAGACUCGCUGUUUACAGAGAUAAAGAGACUGGGCUCUUAGUUUGUGGAGGAAGGUUCCAGAUCUUUGAUGAGGACGAAACUGCCGUACCAAUUCUACCAUAUGAGGCAUGGAUAUCCACUCUCCUAGCUCAAGAGGCCCAUGGUGCAAAUCAUGAAGAAAUAGCAGGCACACUCCUCCGGAUGAGGAAGAAAGCCUGGGUGAUAAAAGGCCGGAAGCUGGCUAAAAAGAGAGUUGACAACUGUGUGGUGUGCAGAAAGGCCAGGGCCAGAAAGUGCCAACAGAUCAUGAGUGACCUUCCAUCCGAGCGGAUAACACCAGCCAGACCAUUUGAGUACACAACAGUGGACUUAUUUGGACCGUAUGAAGUCAAGGACGAGGUGAAAAAGAAAACCAAGCUCAAGGUGUGGGGUAUUGUCUUCUGUUGCAUGGUAUCCAGAGCUAUACACACAGAUGUUGUCAGUGACCAGUCGACGGAAGGCUUCCUACUGGCUUACCAAAGAUUCACGGCACUGAGAGGGCACCCAAAGAAAUUGUGGUCAGAUCCUGGAAAGAACUUUGUGGGUGCCAGACCUGCCCUCAAAGAACUCUACAUCUUCUUGGAUCAACUAGGUAAAUCUGAGCUUGAAAAUGAAGCUUCCAAGCAUGGGACAGAAUGGAGCUGGAAAAUCCACCCAGCAGACUCCCCUCACAGGAAUGGAGCUGCAGAAGCAGCUGUUCGUACUGUGAAGCGGGCUUUGCACAACCUGGGAGGAGAAGGACUCUUCACAUGGAGUGAGUUUCAAACAUUUCUCUACACGGCUGCUAACCUUGCCAAUGAAAGGCCCAUAGAUGCAAGAACUCAAAGCCGGGAGGACUGCAUAGAAUACAUCAGCCCAAAUUCCCUUCUGCUUGGACGGAUUGGACCCAGAGGAGAUCUUGGAUGCUUUGAUUUUGAAAGCUACCCAUACAAAAGAUUGAGAGCUAUCCAAACAGAAGUUGACCGGUUCUGGAGGAAGUGGAGUCAGUUAGCUGGGCCCAAUCUAUUCGUGAGGAGUAAAUGGCACACAACACAUAGGAAUGCGGCUGUUGGAGAUGUUGUCUGGCUGGCUGACCAAAAUGCCUGGAGGGGUCACUACAAACUAGCCAGAGUCAUCAGUGUCAACAUUGACAAGAAGGGCAUCGUCAGAGAUGUGCAUGUCAGAACUUUUCCCAGCUACCCAGUCCCAACUGUGAAGCCUGCUCAAGAGAAGUCAAAGACACUCUCAACUAAAAUACCUGCUACAGUUCUUCAUAGGGAUGUCAGACGCAUCAUUGUUAUACUUCCUGUUGAAGAAGGAAGAGCCUGAUAGCUGAAAUCGAACAUGCCCAACACAGAGGUUCGUGUGACCUCCUUCGGUUCAAGAACCAGGAGGUCAAGUGGGAGGUGUUGCGUCAAAACAGAACACUCAAAACAUGAGCACAAUGGCAGCUCUUCCUUUAAAGACCUCCAGGCCUCAAGAGGGCAGAUAACCCAAAAAACACGGGUGGAACUAAAAAAUUGAGCCAGGAUUUCUGGAGGGACUACUUUUACAUGCGCACCUGUCAGAUAAGCAUGGGUAUAAAAUGUUUGGUCCUCAACACAUACACAGCUCAUUGUUCAACCCUAAAGACGCAACUGGUAUGUAAUGUUUGGAAUUAUUUAUUAUGUUGCAUCCAGUGCUUAGCAAUUUACAUGUUUAACUCUGGUAGGAAUUUUGACUUUUGUUGUGGAUAUUUUCUGACUGCAGAAGUAAUUGCUAGGGUGCUAGAUUAAAUUGUUUAAACGUUUACUUUAUUCAAAGCCAUGCUUUGUUGCUGUGUCAUGCAUUGUUUAGUGUAAAAUAAUGCAUGUUUAUUCUCUGUUUGUUUAAGGUUAUCAACCUAUUCCUAGUGCUAGUGCUAUUCCUAGUGCUAGUGCUAUUCCUAUUGCUAUUGCUAUUCCUAUUCCCUAUUCCUCUGUGAUUCAACUACUCUAUUCAACAAAUCAACUAUUUCAACAUAUUCAACAAAUGGCAUCAAAACCAUAAUAAAACACUGGAAAGGAA